UAGGGGGAACAUCGUUAGCUAACAGGCUCCCUAAAAAACGCAGCGCAAACGCGCCGUUUCGCCCGCGCGCAGGCAUUCGGCCAGCUCCCAGACCCCACCCGGUACUGCAGCGCUGCGCUCCGCUCGCGCAGGCGCCAGAGCGAGCAGCAGCUCCGCAGCUGCUCGCCGCCGCCCCGAUUGAAACAUGUCCUUCCACGUGACCAUGUCCUCCACGCUGCGCGGCCGCAACGUGCAACUCUUUGAAGUCGAGUACCUCGGCGAGGCCAUCACAUCAGUGGCCGCUGACGUCGUCCGCAGGCUUCACGAGGCCGGUUUCAAGCUCAAAAGCGUCUAUUUGGGCGGCUCCAAGCACUGGGUCGCCGCCAAGAGCAUCAUCGGCGUGCACUCGAUGCCCCUCAACAACCUCGGCCUCGAGGGCCUCGAGGACGGCGACGCGCAGAUGUUCACGUUCGCCGUCAAGGUCAAGAACCUCCAGGGUUACAAGGCCGACGGCAAGGCGUACGCCGACGGCGUCGGCGCCGAGGAGACCUGGCGCCGGGCCGUCGUGAAGGCGCUGCGCCAGCUCUUCGGCCAGGGCUUUGACGAGCUGAACAUCAACCUCUGCGGCGCCAGCGUGCACAAGGACGACGAUGGCUCGCUCGUCCUGUACUGCUGCUGCUCGACCGUGCCCGCCGGCACGUUUGACGGCACGCGCGACCUGUACCAGCUGGCCCUGCGAGAUGGCACACUUGUGCCUGGCUACACCGGCAUCACCAAUGUCCGGUGGUCGCUAGAGGCGCAGGACUUCCUCGUUGAGGUCGUCAAGGCGCAGGGCGGCACCGGCUACUGGGAUGCCGUCGCCGCGCUCGUUAACGCGCGGUUCCCGGGCGUGGUGCGCUCGCCUAGCGCCUGCGGCAACACUUACGGCGCGCUCGCGCUGCGACGCGCCGACGCGCCGCUCGGCCCCGCGCCGGGCGUCUCCGGCGGCAUUGGCGCCGGGCGCGGUCAUGGUCUGGCCGUCGUCGACCUCGGCCACUUCCCGCGGGAGGACCGCGACGCGAUCGAGAAGGCGUGCGCGGACGCGGCGGCGCUCGCGGCGGCGCGGUCGACGCAAGCUGCGACGCACGUGCGCUACGGCGAGGUGUGGACGGGCGAGCAGGACGCGGCGCUGAGGCGGGCCGUCUUUGUGGCGGGCCCGCCCCCGUCCACAUCUGGCCGCCAUGGUUAUUGGCCGAAGGUCGCCGCGACGAUGCCCGAUAGAACGGACAAGCAGUGCCGCCGCCGCUGGAAGUACGAGUUGGACCCGAACAUGUCGAAGGUGCCGCUCACGAAGGAGGAGCUCAGGAUAGUAUUAUCCGAAGUAUCCCGCAAGAAGGGCCCGGGCGCAAUUGCCAAGCGACUCCCGGGCCGGACGGACCACUUCAUCAAGAACAAGUUGAACGGCGGCCUCAAGAAGCGCUUGGAAGCCUUCCUCAAGAAGCAGCCCUCGCCGGUCCUCGAUUUGUCGGGCCCGCUCCUCGAGAAGGCCGUGAAGGAGUGCAUGGCACCUCGGCCGCGCAGCCGCCCUCGCAAGAAGACGUCCGUCUCCGUGCCGUCUCCGCCGUCCUCGCCGCCCUCCGUUCUGACGCCGCUCGCCGCCGCUGCUGCCGUCGCUCCUGAACCGCUGCCCGCGCUGCUGCCCGCCGCGCCGUCGCCGUCUACCGCUUCUCCGGACGCCACGCCGUCGCCUUACCGAAAGUGGUUGCCCGACGAGGACGCCCUACUUUGGGAGGCCUACAAAGCGACCAACAACGGCACGAUGCACUUAUGGACGAACACCGCCGCGAAGCGCGUCGGCACGCGGUCGGCAAAGCAGUGCGCCCAGCGCAUGCCGAAGCUGCUCGCGGCGUUUCAGCGCGGCAUCGAGGCCGAGGCCGGCGGCGGCGCCCGCGCCGCCGUCACGCUGCCGUCACGCCCCCGCGCGCCGCCGCCGCCGACGGAAGUGCGGCCCUCGUUGCAGGACUUCCGCGACAAGCGCGUCGUGAUCUCUGGGGGGGAUCUGCCCGCAUCGAAGCAGAAGCUGAAAGACGUUCUGGUGGAGCUCCUGCACGUCGAGGCGGUCACACGCGCCACGAGCGGCGACACGCACUACGUCAUCGGACGCAUUGGCUCGGGCGACGGCAACGUCACGAAGGCCGGCAACCGCCUCGUCGACGUCGACUACUUCAUGUCGCUCCUGGAGGAGGGUGCGAUCGAGCGGGCGAAGGCGGCGCGCGUGGCGCGCCUGGAAGCGACGCCGAUCGUCUGGUGCGAUGACCGGUUGACGCCCCAGGCCCUGCGCGGCAAGGGCGUCGCGCGGACGGGCGGCGUGACGGGCCUAACUCUGCACCAGGUCCGCGCGGAGAUCCAGCGCCUCGGCGCCACGGUCCACAAGAGCGUCACGAAGAAGACGGACUUUCUCGUCUACGGUCAUCUCAGUAAGGAAUGCGGCGCGGUCAAGGCCGCGCGGAAGCACCGCGUCCCGUGCAUCCCGGAGGCCGUCUUUCGCGACCUCCUCUCGGCGGCUUCUGCUCCGGCUCCGGCGCCGUGCGCCGUCGCCGCGCCGUCGCCGCGGCGGCGCGCGCUGGCCGAGAACGGCCCGCGCGACGAGCCCGCCGCCAAGCGGCAUUGCUGA